AUGAGAAUACCACAUACUAUCCCAAAGAAUGCAUAUGAGGUGUAUAAACCCUCCAGGACAACUUUGAAUCUUGUUGGGGAGGAUGCAAGACCCAUCAAAGCUGAAAAUAUCACUUGGGAUGAAGAUAUACCGCCAACUCUAGUUACAUUGUGUGUACAGAGCCUUGUACAGUCAUUCAAAGACAGGCCAGUACUAGAUUUACUGCCACCAGAAGCACUUGACCUGUUACUGGAAACAUUACCAACUGACCUUCCUGUAAAACUUACUGUCCCACUGAUUAGAGAUGGAAUUUACUGGGAAAGAAGUGCUCGUAACCGUUGGAAAAGUAUGAAUGACGUACAUGACUAUGGAGGGUCAUGGAAGCGACUGUAUAUAGAACGGCAUCUGCAAGAUGAAUUGGAGAUGAUGCCUGUGGAAAAUUUUGUUGGUCAGGAGGUCGCAGUGCUUGUUUCUCUGUGUUCCUCAUAUGUGCAUCGCCUACGUCUACGGCAGCUUAAGGUUGCCCGAUUGCCUCCAUUAAUGGAGGGGCCUGAUGAAUGUUCCACUGAACUUCCUCCCAUGAAUCAUAUAGAUCUUGCACUCAUCAUCAGAGGUCUUACAGAACUUGAGGAGCUGGACAUAGUUUUUGGGGAGCUGAAUUGUGGCAUGGAUUUUAAAUGGUCGUUUUUCAAGUUUGCUGUAUCUGAUUGCCAUAAUAUUGGCAUAGGCAUGGAAAGCCUUCAGCACAUUACAAUUCUAAGGCUACAUCGUUGUACGUUGGAUGACAUCCGCCUUGCUGCUCUGCUACAACAUCUUGUCAACAAUAAAACACUAAUUGAACUGGAUUUUUCACAUUGUUUGGUGGGUGAUGCAGGUGCAAUGGCCUUAGGAAAGUUGCUACAAUCUCAUCCGACAUUGAAUAUUCUAAAUCUGUGUAACAAUAUGAUUGGGUCAAAGGGUGCAGAGGGUCUGGCAUAUGGCAUUUCUCAUGGUGGAAACUGUCCUCUGAAGUGCCUUAACCUGCGUCUUAAUUCAAUGAUAAAGGAUGAGGGAGUGGCAUUCCUCUGUGCAGCAUUGGCAUUGAUGGAAGAAGGACGGUUGGCGGAACUUAACUUAGCUGGAUGUACUAUUACUUCAGUUGGGGCUUUGAGUAUUGGGGAGAUGCUGGUCAAGAAUCAGAGUCUCCGAAUACUUGACCUCUCCAACAACCAACUUGAUGAGAAAGGAGGGAAAUAUCUUGAAGAUGGUCUGAAACAUAACCAGACACUACUGCAGCUUGAUCUAAGAGUGACAGGUAUUUUAGAAGAAAAUAGUUUAAAUAUAAUGCUUGACCUACAAAAAAAUAAAGAACUACACAAGAAACAACAGAAAAAAUUACGAAAAGCUUAUAAAAGUCGAGUUUAUUUCCAAGAUAUGGUGUAAAACAGAGUAUUUCUAGGACAUUGUGGAUGUGAAGAAAUGCAGAAAUUUUCAACAUUUGGAGGGCC